AUGCCUGUUAAAUCUGACCAGUGGAGCUUUCGCCCCACGAACCUUUCCGAACAACUUAUGGCGCCUGGGUUUGCAGCUCUGUCGUCAGCGUCUCAACCUGGAGGCAGGGUAGAAGAUCGUUCUGGAGCCCCCCAGACGGAAUCAAUACCAACUGAGUCCUCAAAACCUGCUGCCAACACAGUAAGCGUAUCAAAAGUCAUCGGCAAAGUGACGGAUCUUCCGUAUCUCCCAGUUGACGGCCUGCUUCCCCCGGAGAGGGAAUCCACUGGACGUGAUGGUCGGUCGCUGAUCACCAACGACGGCCUAUGCUACGUUUUGCGAUCAUCGGCGAAUGAGCCACUGAUGACGAGGUCCUCUGUUGUCGAGAUUAUGCCUUCUCUGAAGUUUGGGGCGUCAACAAUACACUUUGGAGGCGGGACAAACCGGCAGAAAGCGAGCGCCACAAUGUUUGGCAUCACACGAGAGACGACAGUACCUAUAAUACAAUGCGGAGACGUCCUCUCCCCCCCCAAUCCGCAGGCGGAGACGAGAUGGUGGCUGCGCCCGCCAACCGGGUUUCAGCGAAUAGGGCGUGGUGAUCUGGCAGCGGGCGGGAGACUGCAGCGAGGCGUCCGCGCACGGAUGGAUAAACCAAAGUUCAGUGGUGAGAGAGACAGCAGCCAAGCGCUGGAUGCGCGCCACGCCACGCUACAUGACGACGUUGUACCUAAGCUACUCCUUGACAUGGGCCACAUGGCAGAAGAAUACUUUGGCCAGCUGAGACUUGAUUCGGCGGAGACGGGACGGGAUGCUAAGUGGCGCAUGAUGAUGACCCCCGACGUUCGACAGUACACAGCCAAGAACCGGAUGGCGGAACGCACAGCUAAAUACCUCAAAAAGCGCCAACGCUUUUCAAUCAACAGCACGAGUCGACAUAAGCGAAAGAAAGCCCCUGUUCAAGUCAGCCGCGGAGGAAGCUGGGGCGGGCGGCUCUGCUGCAGAAUAAUGGGGGUCAGUGCGUUGCGUGGGUGGAUGGGGCCACCGAGCCGAAUCCUCGGCAAUCUGGGUAUGCCACGCGCUAUUCGCAUUCAGCCUUCUCAGCCGGACCAAAAACUUGUCCGCAACCAUUGGGACGCCGAAACUACGGCGCCUGCAUGGGGUCUAUAUGCAGGAAGGGACCUGCGGGAGAAAAGAAGAGCAAAGAUCCUCGUGGGAGGCAGCGAGGCGGUCAGGAACGAUGUGGGACGGGACGGGGAAACCCUCGCUGCGUUCUUCAAGGGUUCCGGGUUCCACUGGGGACCUCGUGAGCAUUUUACCGUUUCGGCCCCUGUUCACCCUGUCACGUUUCUUGGCGUUCAUUUCCGCUCAUGGCGCCUCCGGAUGGGACUUCAAUGUCCGCAACUUUUCUGGGAACGAAAGCCAGCCAGCCAGACAGCCAAGGUCGAGGAGGACCAGGCUUGCGGGGGAUGGGAUGCUCCGCGAAAAACCCAUGGCGAUCGCCAUGCCCAUGUGAUUCCACCCCCUUGUCUCGCAUUUGCGUCUUUGGCUGGGAUGGCGGGCGCCGUGGUCGUGGCGAUCAAACCUGACGGCUUCAGCCGGGCUGGAUCUGCUCAGCUGCAGCUGACAGGCGCCAUUGUCGACGAAGAGCCGAGGGUUCAAGACCACGUAGAACAACUGUACCAGCUCACUCGUGCAAUCGAGGGUCUAGGCGAGUCUGGACGAGCUGAGAGUGAACCAUUUAUCUCCUGUCCAAGAAUGAUGCUCUGGGGAUGUCCUGAUGUUCUGAGGUUGAACAACGCUACGGUAGCAGCCGAUAAGAUGGGACCGAGUUCAACCACGGGGUUUUUGAUGCUGGUCGUUCGAUGCCAGUCGACGGUCCGAUUCAUUCCGGAAUGGGGGCUGCCUUACAUGUACAUGGUACCGGACGAGGCGUCAUUUUUGCGAUACAAUCCGCUCAAAUCCCGCGUUGCCCGGAAAUUUCUCGGAGUCGAUACGUCGCACGCUGCUCUCGACUCUGGCCGGACUCUCCCGCCGGCUACGGCCAUGUUACGUCAAUGGUUAGCCAAGCGGAAUUGUGAUGACACCACUUUCUGA